AUGGCUGACAGUAUAGAAACUGUUGUUACUGGAACUCCUGAGUAUGUGGAUAAAGUCUCCAAGAAACGUAAGAAGCAUUCAAGAAGAACAAUUGCAGGGGAUGGAUUUGCAGACAGUCAGUUUGAGAGUCCACCAGCAAAAAUACCAUACAAGGCUAUAUUUAUUGCAAUUGGAUUGUUUGUUGUGGGUGGUAUCCUGAUCAUUGUGGGAUGUCUCUUUCUUACUGGAAACAUUCAAAUACAGCAUUCAGGCCAUACCUGGCCACUGUUACUGGUUGGAAUAUUAAUGUUUAUUCCUGGUGCCUACUAUAUUCGUAUUGCUUACUAUGCAUACAAAGGUUAUGAUGGUUUCUCUUAUGAGAAUAUGCCAGAGGUUGAUUAA